AUGGCUGCGAACAAUCCCUCGUACGCCUCCUUCCGUGCAGCGGCCACCGAAUACACUCCGCCCGCCUCGCCCCAACCACAGAUACCAUACGCCGCGAAGAAGGGGGGCUUCGGCUCACUACGGUCCAGACAUCCUGUACAACUCCAAAUGGACACGACGCAAGAAGCCCCCCUGCGUGACCGUACCAGGCGCAGCCCGACUUCUGGAGAUAGCCCGACACUGCCUUCCCAAAAGUUUACCCAACGCAAGCGCACUCCUUCCCUCCUCCGCCAUGCUGCUGUUCCGUCUCCCCUCCACGAAUCCCACGCUACUCCGGCGCCGCAGCCCAUGUCGCCGAUAAUGGCUCCAGCAAUGGCCCGCCAGGACAGCAACGGCCCACGCUCGCCUGACCUACGCGCCAUCUUCAACCCGCUGGCCAGCAACCCCAUCGGUUCGCCCGGCCCCGCAUGGAACUCACCCAUCGACGACAUGUCAGUGCCGCCCGUCUCGCCCCUCCGAGCCCGUGGCAUGACCAGCUCAUCACAGGGGCCUUUCCCACCUCCGCUACGCUCUGUGACGUCAAUCCCCGAUUACGCCCAGUAUCGCGGAAACGAGCGCACCAACCUCUCGGGCACUUACAAACCGAAUCGGGGCGUACCCAACUGGUCCCACAAAGACUAUUACCCUCCACCACCGCGGCCCUUCCGCGGCGAAGAGCCACGCUCCAGCUUCAAAUCCACAUGGACCACUGCUUCCUCAAGUAUCCUUGAGACUAGCGGUACAGAACGAAGCAGCAUAGCCACCGCACGCAGUUCUCUUGCGAGCGACAGACACCCUAGUAUAUACUCUCGAGAUGAGUCCAGAGAUCGUCUGCGGGAACGAGACGACUCUCCAGAGACGAUUCUGACCGAGGAAGCGGCCGAGGAAGAAGACAAUCUCGAUGCCGUUGGCGAUGUACUAGAUUCGUAUUUUUACGACGAGGACGAUGAAGAACGCAGCCCCAUCACCGAGCAACAUGACCGGGACUUCCAGAGCCCCUCACCACCAGCCCUGGAUUCAGAGCCUCCAGGCCUUUCCCAAACACCGUCUCGCGACUUCGAUUCCUUGGAUUCCUUCCAGUCGAGCGAGAGUCUCAAACGAUGGGACGAACGACCGAGCUCACGCGUCGGCGACUCGACAGACACCAACGCUGAACCAAACACAAACCCAAAGAAGCCUCUGACUAUCCGGCCUCCAUCUGGAUCGGAUUUUGAUGACGAGGUACUAGAGACGGAGUCGACGAAUCGUAAGGCCCUGCAGGUCGACUAUAUGCCCAAGGCCAGUCCUCUAAAAGCACCGCGCACACCAAAGUCAAACGCCGUCGCGCCGCAGCAAAAGAAGAGGCAGUCGGUUGCGCUGCAGCGGUCGAGCGAGGAAACGCCCCGCCGCAAGUCGAUUGCCUUACAGGCCCUUGCACUUAGGACAAUGAGUUCCUCGGACCGAGCUAAUCGCACACCCGCCAAGGGUCACAACCUGAAACGAUCCAAUACAAGCCAGUCGCAAUUCGAUCAUAUUCGACGUGAUAUAUCCGCACUUCCACAGUUGCCCAUGAGUCGCUCGCGUCUCUCGCGCCAGGAUUGGGCAAACAUCGAAGCUUAUUCAAAGAGACACAGCAAGAGGAAUAGUACGCGCAAAGGUUCCAAUGACUCCGGAGUCAAUAGGUCGGGGCCGUUGUCUCCCCAGUCUCCGCCUUUGCAAAGGUCAGAGGCUCUCCCGGAGGUUGACGAAGACGAAGCCAUUCCGAGGCGCGCUUCUACUAGCGUAUUCGACCGAAAGAGCGCAAUGUUCGAUCUUGGCAUGAUGUCGCAACUCAAUGCAGUGAAGAGCAAGCCUGAUUCAGUACGAAGCCCAACCCUGGCUCCACCCGGUCAACAAAUGCCCACUGUGACAGCACAAGGCCUGUGGAAAGUGGCGGCUCCUGCCGAGCGAGAUCGGUAUGGCUUCAAGAAGGCUUCCGACAAGAUUAGCGUCCAGGAGUACAACGCGUGGUCCUCGAGAUACGAAGAACACAUUGGCCGACGAAGGGGCAAGUGGAUCGCUCUCAUGACCAAGCAAGGCCUAUCAACGACCGAGCCAACCAAGUUCCCAGAUAUGUGCGAGAAGGUCAAGAGGUACGCACGCAAGGGAUAUCCUCCUGAGUGGCGAGGCGCCAUGUGGUGGUACUAUUCUGGUGGACAGCAUAUGAUUCAACAGAAGGAGAUGGUUGGUCUUUACAAGUCAUUGGCAGCCCGCGUAAACCGUGGCGAGCUCAACAAGGACGACAAGGAUGCGAUUGAGCGCGAUCUCGACAGGACAUUUCCAGACAACAUCCAUUUCCGUCCAGAGGCCGCGACUGAUCUGCUCGAUGGCGAGUCCGACGAUGAGCCAGCGUUGAUUCACGAUCUUCGCGAGGUCUUGUCAUGUUUCGCCCUGAACAAUCCCCACAUCGGAUACUGCCAGUCUCUCAACUUCAUCGCCGGUCUUCUUCUCCUCUUCCUGAAGCAAGACAAGGAGAAGGCCUUCAUCCUUCUUACCAUCAUUACGCAAAAUCAUCUUCCAGGUGCCCACGCUCGCAGCCUUGCAAACACCGAAGUCAAUGUUCUUAUGAUGUUGAUCAAAGACUACCUACCCAAGGUCUGGGCUUCGAUCAACGAUACCGACCUCAUCAACAGCGGCGCCGGCUCAAACGCCCACCCCAACUCCAAGUUCCAACGCCAGCCUACAGUGGCUCUCUCAUGUACAUCAUGGUUCAUGAGUAUCUUCGUGGGCGUGCUACCCAUCGAGACUGUUCUCCGUGUCUGGGACGCGUUUCUGUACGAAGGACCCCGUGCCCUGUACCGCUAUGCGCUUGCCAUCUUCAAGCUCGGUGAGCCGGAGAUCCGAAAGUACCGUCCAGGUGAUGGCGAGAUCUUCAUGGUAGUGCAGACGCUGCCCAGGCAAUGUCUGGAUCCGAACAUCCUGCACGACUUGGCGUUUGUAAAGAAGGGCUUCGGCAACAUGUCACAAAACGUCAUUGACCAGAAACGCAUGUUCUGGCGCGAACAAACCAUGAUUGCGCAUCAGAAUUCGGUCAAGAAAAGCGCGACUGGUCGCACCCAGCAGUCGACUGCGCAGACGCCGGAAGACGAGGACGGCGAUAGGGAUAGUCUCAGGAAGGCUAUUGGCCAUGGCCUGCGCCGUCGCGCGUCCCGCAAGUUCCGCAAAAUGGGCAUGAAGUGA